CUCUCCAACCUCUCAUGCUGGGUCCCUCACCUGUCACCAAGCUCUCUCUCACCUGCGGUAAUAACCAGGUGGCUGUUCAAGUGACCGUGUAUGUGGAGGAUGUGAACGACCACGCCCCCGUGUUCGUGGUCAAGAAUAUUACUGUAACUGUCGACGAACUCACACCAGUUGGUUUGACCAUCCUUCCUGAGAUUCGAGUGACGGACGAAGAUAAACCUAAUACUGCCAACUCAGAAGUUCAGCUCGAGUUACAUAUGGGAAAUGAAGGCAACUAUUUCACAAUGGCUGACAGAAAACGGGGCUCCAUUACGCUAGCCAAGCCCUUGGAUUAUGAUGCUGGACCUAAGGAGUUCUUCUUAGGGGUUGUGGCUAAGGACAUGGGCAAACCAUCUCUCAGCUCUACAAGCACCAUCACUGUGGUAGUGGUGGAUGCUGACGACCUCCCUCCUGUGUUUCUACAUCACCUCUACUUGGCUAAAAUAGCAGAGCAUCCUGGACCUGACACGGGGUUAAGUGUCCACCAAGAAGUGCUGGCGUCCCCAAGUCCUCUGAGUGCUAGAGAUGGAGAUGUGGGGCAGAACACUAGUCUCCGUUACACUCUGGUCGAGUCUCCUGCAGCUGAACACUUCACCCUUGACCCAGACACUGGUCGACUUUACCUCACUAAGCACCUGGACAGGGAAAAACUCACAGAUAAUACCAUGACCUUACAUGUCAGGGCAGAACAGGUGGACAACCCUCGACGUGUGGGGUCAACUGUGAUGGAGGUGAUGGUCGAGGACGUUAACGACAACCUACCCCAGUUUACCCACGAUGUUUACUCCAUCUCUAUUGUAGAAAACCUUCCCUCAGGGUUUAGUGUUGUGCAGGUGUCCGCAACAGAUUCUGAUGAGGGAUUAAAUGGAGCCUUCAAUUACCAUGUUGUUGGUGGAGGUGGAGCUCUGGCUGUCAACCCCCUCUCUGGCUGGUUGACUGUGGCCAAUCACAAAUUACUGGACAGGGAGGAAUCUCCAGUCAUCAGUCUGUAUGUAUGUGCUAACCAAAUAGUACCUCUUGUAAAGUCCACCUCAAAUGAAAGUGUCACUGUCCCACCAUCAGAAGUUGAGAAUGUUGGUACUAGUCGAGUGAAGCUACAGGAAGGCCUUGAUUAUGAGGACACAGUGACAAAAAUCUCAGGAGAAUUGAUGGAGAUGGAUUGGCAUUCAGAAACUACAGAAAAUCCUUCAACAGAGACUUUGGGUUCUACACCAAGAAGACAAAACUCUAACACUCGAGCCACUGUGCCACUCCUGAGGCAGGUAACACAACCAAAUCACAGACAAGCACCUGAACGAGAAUCUUCCUUCGUGUCUCGACGCAACAGAUCUAAGAGGCAGAGUUUUCAUACAGAAACAGAAACAAAUAUAUCCAAAGAAAACAUUAAAAGAGCAGUAUCAGACCAGAGUUCUUCUAGGGAUAUAAGGAGAACAUUGCCAAGAAAGGAAAUGCAUCAACAAGGAUAUCCAGCAAGUGGUCAAACAAUUUCAAAUAUAGGAAAGGAAUAUGUAGACAGCAGAAGUCAGGGGUCACUGAAUAGCAGAUCAAUAGGACCACUUGCAAGCCCUGUGUCCUUUCCAAAUGCUUCAUCAAGACCCUUACCACCUGAAGAUACAGAAAAAGGAAAAUAUAUAAGACAAAAUGUUUGGCAAGAAGUCAACAACCGUUCCAGAAGAGAAGCUGGCAGUGAAGUUCAGUGGAUUAGGUCAGCAAACCUUACAGCAAUCACUGGAGGACUGAGUAAUGGUGCAGAAGUGACUACUUUAUUGCCAGAUUUUGAAUCAAAAUCAUGUGCCAAGAUUGAGCUGAAAUUACUUGAUGCAAAUGAUAACAAUCCAGUGUUUCUUCCAUCAAACCAAUAUCAGUUCUCUAUAACAGAAGAUGCACAAGAGGGGGACAUCAUAGGAUCAGUUAUUGCAGAGGACUUGGAUGAAGGAGGUAAUGGUGAAGUCACUUACAAGAUCCAGACACGAGGAAACACCACAAGAAGCAGUUUGAAUGAUGCUAUCACCAUGGACAGUGUUAAAGGUGUCCUUUCGCUAGUGUCUAAAUUGCCCCCUGGUCAGGUGACAGUCUUUGUUGAAGCUUCUGACACUCCUGCUAAUCCAUCAGAGACAAGGACUUCAUUAGCUAUUAUUACCAUAGAUGUGAAGGCAACUCACUCGUGGGAACCAAGAUUUGUAGGAGCACCAUUUGAGUUGUGGGUUGGUGGUGAUGCUCCUGUAGGGACAAGUGUUGGCCAGGUCCGUGUGGUGGACUUGCCUGGACCAGAACUCUUGUUUGACAUGUUUCACUCCUACUCUGAAGGAGUUCCUUUUGCAAUUGAGGAGUCAUCAGGCAUUGUGGCAGUACUGUCACCGCUGCAGCAGUACUCGCAACCCAUCUAUGACUUUGAGGUAGUGGUGACAGAUGGCAGGUCAUCCUUGGCUACUAACUUGACCAUCCAUGUAGCUCAGUCCCAGAGAUCCACAAACAGGCGCGAUACCAUCAUCCAGUUUACCAUCCAGGAAAACCUCUCUGGUGGUGUGGUUGGGGAUGUGGUGGCUGCACUACGGAGUAUGGGAGCCAGGAUAGCCCCAGACCCACAGUUUGAAUUGGUGAGUCCAGAGGCACGACAUUACUUUGCCCUGGCCCAAGAUGCAACCCUGUACACUGUAGCACCACUUGAUUAUGAGAGCCAUCCAAACCACACACUGGUGGUGGUCAGCGCCAGGACCUCUGACAUAUUCUACGUUCACGUACAGGUAGAGGAUGUAAAUGACAAUGCUCCUCAGUUCAAUGCAGUGAGCUAUGAGGGUACUAUCAGGGAGAAUGCGCUACCUGGCACCCAGGUUGGAAUCCUUCCCACUAUUCAUGUGGUUGACAGGGACAAAUACCCAGGAUCAACAUACUACCUACAGCUGCUGGGUGAUUCAUCUCCCCUCUUCUCCAUAGAUUCAUCUACUGGUCAUGUCACCUUUGUGGGUGAAGCUCUAGACAGGGAGGUGAAGGAGGCCUAUACGCUUCAUUUGGUGGCUCGAGAUGAUGGCAACCUCACCUCUACUGCUAACCUUACCAUCACAGUCGAGGACAUCAAUGAUAAUGCCCCAAAAUUCAAACCUAGAGAACCACUUAUCUCAGCCAAAGAGGAUAUUGAAGAGAGCAGUUCCAGAAAAUUACCUGACACUUCAGAUCUCGAGUACCUGGCAGAUCUAGAGAGGUCACUUAUACGUAUUCCGGAGUCACUCCCAAUAGGGAGCCAAGUAACACAGCUCACAGCAACAGACGAAGACGAGAAGCUUUUUGCAGAUAUUCGUUUUAUGAUUACAUCAGAAAAGUCAUUUAGUUUUACAAGAGUGAAAAAUUCUCCACCUGUUCUCCACAAAACACAGAAGUUUUCUAUUGAUGCUAAAACAGGUGUUGUAACAGUAGCUGGAGUUCUGGAAGCUGAUCACUUUUAUCUUGUGAAUGUAUCUGCUACAGAUGGUGGUGGUUUAUCAUCUUAUACUACAGUGACUGUUGCUGUAUUUGAUGUCAAUGAUCAUUCACCUCGUUUUGAGCGUCCUGUGUACAACUUUGAAGUGGUUGAGGGGGAAUAUCUAGUAGGUGAGGUGGGCAAGGUUGUGGCAUAUGACCAAGAUAUGGGAAAUAAUGCCAAAAUUCAUUAUCAAAUAAUUUUUUAUAAAAAUACCAGUGAAGAUCAUAUCUUUCCAUUUAGGGUUGUAGAAACUUCUGGAACCAUUUUAGCCACCGGGACAGUAGAUCGGGAGGAGCGUGAGGUAUAUGAGUUUUCUGUUGUAGCUACAGACUUAGGGGACCCUCAGCUCUCAUCCUCUGUCCUGGUCCACAUUGACAUUAUUGAUAUAAAUGAUCAUAGCCCAGUAUUCUAUGGUUAUGAGGAAGUUGUUAAUCCUCAAGAUACAUCUGUGAAUAUUUCAGUAGAACCUUUUGCUGCUCACGUUACUCCAAUUUAUACGGCUGUGGUGUCGGAAAAUGCUCCCAAAAACACAAUUAUUUCUAAAAUAUUUGCCAAUGAUUCAGACUCCAGCUCCUCAGGCAAUGGUAUCAUACUGUACAAGCUCGAAGGUGGUGAGGAUAAAUUUGCUAUUGACUCCAAAAAUGGCACUGUAUACACUGUUGGCUCCUUGGACUAUGAGCGCUGGCCGGAACAUAACCUGACUGUGCUGGCUCAAGAUCUUGGUUCUUCUCCCCUCACUGCAUCUGCCUUAAUCAUGAUCACAGUGGUGGAUGUCAAGGAAGACCUAACUACUCGCCUUUUUGAUCGAGAAGAAUAUAGGAUACUGAUAACAGAGAAUAACAACACACCUCUACUGUUGGUUGACGUCAAUGUGAGGGAUUCCUUUGCUGGGCAUCGUCUGCACUUUCAACUGGCUGACCCAGAGAUGACAGGCACAGUGGCAGUCGACUCUCAUUCUGGUGAAGUGUACCUCAUAGCCAGCCUUGACAGGGAGACGAAGGACCUGUACCGCUUCAAGGUACGAGCAGUUCAGCCAGAGCGAGGUCGAGCAUUGGAGCAUUUCUACCAGGAGGCAACUGAGACAGAGCUUUUGGAGUAUACAGUCACGUCAUCUGCCAAGGCUUCAAAAACAGCUGAUCCUUUAUUAUUAUUGGCUGUUGAGGAGGCUUCAAAGCUACUGACUAAUACUUCAGGGCAGGUCAUUGAUACUCCUGCCCGCGCCCUCCCUCAACGCAGUGCAAGAAGGAAGAGCAGCAGUGUUGUGGUGGAUGGUGGUGAGGAACUUGGCCUUGAAGAGGUGUGGGUGACAGUGGUUGUGGAGGACCAGAACGAUAACUCUCCUAAGUUCCUUCCUCAUGGUCGGCCAAUUGUUGCAGCGGUCCCUGCAUCAGCAGCUUAUGGACACUUUGUUACCCGCAUCACUGCACAAGAUCCAGAUUUAGGUAUCAAUGGAGAAGUGCAGUAUGAGAUCUUGCCUGGGGAGGGAGCACAGGAUGCUACCACUAAAUUCACUGUUGAUCCUACAUCUGGCCAGGUAGUGGUGAUUGGGUCACUAGAAAACGAGGCGGGACAGAUGUUUGGAUUUGACGUAAGAGCCACAGAUCAACAAGGUGCUCCUACUGGGCGCACAGCCAUUGCAAAUGUUUUUGUACACGUCCUUGGUGCUGGAGGUCACCUGGUGAUGGAGGUUGGAGCAACACCCAGAGAUGUGGAGCCUCACCUACAUCACAUUCAGGGGAUGUUAACUAAUGUCUCUGGUCUAGACGUUCGGGUCCAAAGGAUUGCACCUCACAUAGAUGGUGAUGCAGCACAUACCACAGCGACAGAUGUAUAUGUUUAUGCAGUUGACCCUGUCACCCAAUCUGUAGUUGAAGCUGCUCAGUUACAUCAGGCACUCAGAGGGAGGAAGACCCAGUUGAGGUCACUCCUUCCCACAGGCCUCCAGUUCAAAGGGAUUAGGAUGCCAAUGCCAUCUAAGCAAGGACAUGUACUGCAGACUGCAGAGUUGGCCAUUCUGGUGGGAGCUGUGGUGGUGUUCCUUGUCACCGUGACCACUAUCACUUGCCUCUGUUACAAACAACGAAAAAGCCGUCGCAAGCCUAUGCCAUUACCACCAUUGAUGACUGCUAGUGGGAUUCCUGUGAUGCCUUUGGCCUACCCUGGACCUUUUGCUGCCCCCUACACACACAUGAGUGACCAUAGUAGUGCAGAUUCAACUGAGGCCCAAGAACUGCCUCCUGACCAUCUGCACUACCACCAUGACCCAGGUCACUACCCCCAAGAAAUCGUACAUUACCCUCAAGACCUAGCACAUUAUCCACACCUCCCACCCAGACGACGUUGUGGGGCUCACAGCUAUCAUUCUGAUCAUGAGUUGCAGCGUUCCUGUGGCAGUGAACGGGUUUCCUCCCACACUGAUGAGGAUGACACCGUUCCUGUGUGUCUUCAUCACGCUCCAUCCCGGAAGCGUCGUAGAGGUCCUCAGCCUGGUGGUGGUCCUCUGCAUGGACAAGCUAAACGUGGCCCUUCUAGAGUAGGUUCACCAUUUCAGGAAGAACCAUCAAGUUCAGAUCUGGACGAGAGGGAUCAUGCCCCUGCACAAAUCAGCAUUCCCAAACCACCUCGAUGUUGUGCAGAAGAUAGGCAGCACACAGGUAUCAACAAUCUUCGAACACUGCCCACUGUGGAUUGCUCCCUCACCUCAACAAGGCCUCAUUCACCUGACAGUUUGGAGCGGCCCACACAGUCUCACAAUCAUUCCCACAGUCAAAGUCAAGCCCACAUCCAUACUAUUCCCCGAACUCACCUAAAGAGGGAAAGAACAGAUCAAGUCGGGAGAAAUGGUGGGAACAAGGCUCUCUUGCCGAGUGAUGUGACUGAGCUGUAGCAAUUAAAGAAUAGUAUUAAAUGAACAAAUUAUUUUCUUACAGUAAUUUAUUUUGAUAAGAGAUAUUGCUGUCUCAAUGACUUGAAAUUAGAAACAAAAUUAUGUGGUUAGAUUAAAAAAAUGCUUUGUAAAAAGAAACAGGUCACUUGAUUUUAACCCAAUGCUAAAAUUGAGAAAUUGAUGUAUCAUAAAUAAUAUAUGGCUACUGUAUGUGAAGUGUCUUCCAAGUAAGAGAAGAUUCUCUAUUUUUUAUAGCAAUUACAAUAUUGUAAGAGCUAAAAUAGUUGGCCAUAGUCACCCAUGGAAGAACAGAUACUGUGCUGUAUUUUUCUGAAUUUAGUCAUAUGGAUUUCUGGUACUGUACUGCACUUACUUAUAGCUUCCUUUGAUUAUAACACUACUAGAUGGCCUGCCUCACUUUGUUAUUUUAUAAUUCAUUUUUUUGUCUGUUAUUUCUACUUCUUCUUUGUCUUUUGAUGGUUGAACAUGUCCUUGUGGAUUACCGUUAAGUUCUCCUAUAUGGAGUAUAGCAGUUUGUAUAUGUGUAGACAGGCUGUGUUAAUGUUCCUUCAUAGCAGCUGGGAAAUUAGUGGGCUUAUCAGUACAAUACAUCACACUGCCUAUAUAUUGACAUAAAAUGUAGCAUGUGAAGUGGUAAGGAGGGACAUGUGAUAAUAGUAGUAUACAAUAUAGCUAACCAUAAUACAGAUGCCUUUCCACUGUAUACUUCAGGACCAAAGAGCACCCCUCGCCUCUUUCAUGGGUGCAACUGUCGACAAUUAGAUUAAGUUACAUUACUCAAGAAGUGCUCCUUUUGUCUCUCUUACUGAACAUACCCUAAUAAAUUUCUCAUUAUAG